UAGUCUUCGCCUCAGGGGCCAGCGAGAACGUUUCCCGAUGACUCUCCGUCGAGCAACCGAGAUGUCGGGUCCGAGGAAGUUCCUGGUCGUGGGCAGCUGGACGCCACAAGCGGACUCGAGCGCAGAAAACACGAGAGACAGUUUCUCUUCGUUCCUGUCGUACGCUCGACAGAAUCUCCCUGUCGAAAUCGGCACGACUGUUCCUGACGGUCAUCAGGAGGAGGAAGCCUUCUGCAGGGACUGCCACUGCCACUGGGAAGUGGUGGGCGGGACUUUGUCGGGUGAUCGUCUGUGUGUGCGAGACGUCGGAGGACCGCGAGGAGGGUCGCACGGACGACGUCCUGUUCGGCCAGAUGAAGUCCUCGCCGCCAGCAUCAGCGACUGGUCGCGUGUGGUGAUCGCCUUCGAGGCUCUGUGGGCCAGCAAUACCGGCGUCCUGGCCACAGCUGCGCAGGUACAGGAGGCCUUGGCCAAGCUGCGACACUGGCUGCGCGCCAACGUGAGCGACAAGGUGGCCAACAGCACCAGAAUCCUGUACGCAGGUUCCGUUUCGUCGAGCAACUGUCGAGAGCUGGCUCAGCUGGAGGACCUGGACGGCUUCCUGGUGGGGAGCGCGGCCCUCAGCCCCGACGUCGUUCCCGCGAUCACUUCGUCGCGAGAGUCUCGCUCGUCCCUGUGGGCGACGCACGAGGCCCUCAGGUCGACCGCUCAGCUGAUCCAGCAGCUUCGUCAGCGGGAAUGCGCGAGGAGAUUGGAGGCGAUGACGCGCAGUCCGAAACGAUACAUCUGAAAGCUUUUCACAGCUGCUUUGGGCAGAAUCCAGUGCAGAUGAAUAUCUAUAGAGGUCUAUAUGUUUAUAAGUCCUUGCUAUCUGUUAUAUGAAGCAACGGCGUUAUUUAUGUGGUAGUAUUUAUUUUUAGUAAUUGACACUGUGCAACUAUUUUCAAGAAAUAAAGAUAU